AUGUUCAAGUUCCCCAACCGUCGACGACACCCGUUCGAAACAUGUCUCUUGCCGCAUCUCGCGCAGCUUCGCCUUCUCGCCAGUUCCUUCGCAGCCGCUCUUCCUUCUCGUCUACGCGCUCUGCAUGCGCCGGACCGCACCCGACCAGCAGUGCGAGGCCUUCAGAACGUCAGAGAAACGCCAAACUCGCGCAGACGUCGCGACGCGUCUAAGCCACCAAGUGGAGAUGCCGACAGCAGAAAGGACGAACUCCGGCGGUGCUGCCGCCUCCAUGGAGAGAGAGGAAACGCGGGAGCAGAAAGCGCAGAGGCAGCAGACGGAGAAGAGGGAGAAGGACUAGCAGAACGACAACGGAGAGAAGAGAGAGAGAACGAAACAGACGAGCGAGGAGAGGGAAAAGAAAGAGGAGAAAGAGAAGACUUCCUUGUCAAUUUGCCAUCUCUGAUACUAAGUCCAGAGGCGCGAGAUCGACAGGAGCGGCUGGUCGAAGCGUCGCGUCGAACGCUGGAGAGACGCGCGGCGCGUCCGGGCAGCCUCUCUUCUUCAGCGCUCCGUCCGGAUGUGAGGCCGCUGCGGCCCGGCCGAGACGAAGAAGACUGGCAAGCGUCUCGGGAGUUUUCUUUCCAGCUCUGGGUACGUUGGCAUCAGCUGCUCUCUUGGGGACUCGUGGCGAGCCGAGCGGCUGUGGAAAGUCGCUUUCUGUCGACGUUCUUGGAGGCGACGUCUGAAGACGCAGACGUCGUCGCUGCUCUCGACGAACUUCGAAACUCAGGACUUGGAGCACGCAUGGGGAAAAUCCCCGUCAGAGAUCCGGUGCAUGCAAUCAACAGCUACCGGCGUGCGGCAAGGUGGAUGCUUGGCGCGCGCUCGCAUUCGCGGUCGACUCUGAGGCAAGGUGGAAUUCCUGUUCUUCAGAUCUUGGUCACCCCACUGAAAGUUUUACUGAAAGGCGUCUACUCCGAACUCGGCAGUCGCCUCACUCGCCAGUACGCGAACGAAGUCGCCGCCGGGCUCCUCGUCAGACUGGCGUUUGUUGAAGAAGACGGCAAGGCCAUGUCCAGCAGUCUCCAUCGAGCACAAGAUGCGCCCUUGGAGGAUCGUAUGCGUUCGAUACUGCUGGACGGUCUCUCAGUUGGUCACGAGCGCUACAGGUUUUUUGCAGCUUCUCUCUCUCAGCUGCGCGACGGCUCUUGCUGGAUGAUCCGCAUCUCGAGCAACAAGGAGUUGAGCGCAGAGGCGAUUCUGUCGCGUAUGGGCGUCUUCAACUCCUCGAUCUCUCCUGGAGUAUUAACGAAACGUUUGGGGAUUUGUUUCUCCUCGACUCUGCCGACCAUCGACGUUCGCGAUGAGGAGAUGCUUCUCGUUCCAGAUGUGACGAGCUCCGCAGUCACAGCUGCUAUGUCUGGCGAAGCGCAGAGACGCAAAGGCGACGAAGAAAGACGAAUCAGUUCCAGAGCCAUCAAACUCGACCCCAACAGUCCAGAAUUCAUCUUUACAGACGGCUCUGGAGCGAUCUCCCUCGACCUCUGGCGAAGGAUCGUCGCAUGUCUCCCGGCGCUGCGCACCAGCAGUGCCUUCCAGAUUCGCCUCGGAGGAAUAAAAGGGAUGCUUCUGCUCCACCCUGCUUUUCCUUUGCCGCGUCCUCCGGCGCCCAGGCUGAAGCAUCUUCUGAUUUCUCAGUCGAUGUACAAAUUCCACUCUCGCAGUCGGUGUCUUGAGAUCAACGACUUCUCUCGACGCCUCCCCUACUUCCUCAAUCGCCAGGUCAUCCUGCUCCUCGACACUCUCGGCGUCGAGUUCUCUGUCUUCGAUCGCCUCCAACGGCGCAUGCUGCACUUCCUCCGAGACAUCGAUACGCGAGCGGGUGCAGUCAAGUUCCUCUUGACGCUCGCUCUUGACCAGAGUUUGGGAACGAGCCGUUUCGCACAAACAUGUCUGGAGUUCGUCUCCGUUCAUGGUGUCAGUCCGAAAGAGCCUUUUCUCCGUGCUUGCCUCGAGGCCAUGCGCAACAGCCUGGCCGACGACCUCCGCAAAAAAGCCAGGAUCUUUGUCGAGAAAGGCGCAAAUCUGUUCGGAGUGCCGGACUUCACUCACUCGCUUGCCUACGACCAUGGAUGGAGGUCGUCUCCCUCUGGGCGCCUCUAUGCAGGACUUCCUGAGGUGUGUGUGCAUGUGACGAAGUCGCCUGUUUCGGACUCAGAAAUCCCCAGACGAACUGCGAUCGCCUCUCGUCACGGGUCGCUGUCUCCAGAAGCGGACGCUGAGGCAGAAAGACCGAAGAGGAGGCUCAGCAGCUGCGGCUCUCACUCGCUUGGAGCUGGUGCAGAACUCAUCCAAGGCGUCGUCGCUGUCUGUCGAAAUCCAUGCCUCCUUCCUGGAGAUAUUCAGCUCUGCUUCGCGGUGGGCUACGACGACCUUCCAGAAGAUUCGCCUCUUCGUCGCUCUCUCGCCAGUGGCCUGGGAGGCGACGCAGGCCUCCUCGCUUGCAGAGAUGUAAUUGUUUUUCCUUCUCCGCCGUUGCCACCGGCAAAGUCUUCGUUCGCUGCAAAUGCCUCCACCGCGGAAAAUGCACGCCCGACUCUGGCGCAGAACGGUGAAGAAGAAAAACAAGAAGAUGCCGAAAAAAGCGAAUCAGAAACAGAUACGCAGAACGACUUCCCGACCCUGCAUGCGCGACACCCCGCUGUCAGCUGCGAGGCGCGUUCGCGCAUGUUUGUUUUUCGCGACAUGCCGAACAUGCUGUCUGGGGGCGACUUGGACGGAGACAAGUUCUGGGUGGUCUGGGAUCCCGAUCUCCUUGCGCCGCUCGUCGCGCUUUGGAUGCGCGGCGAGUUCCCGAAACCGUCGCGCGUCCACUGUCCGCCUCGGCCUCCGACGAGGUCUGAAGCGGCGACGGAGCAGGCAGCGGUCGAGCCUGUUGCCGCAGAGAGAGAGAUCGACACCGAGAGUGGAAAGCGCGACGCAGCGCAACCUGACGGGGGAACGUCUCCGCAACAGACAUGCAUCGGGAAACCAGCCAGAGUCGUCAAGCCGACGGAACAGAUGCGCUGGGAUGCCAGCACAGCCAGGCCUCCUUCCACUGUUCGCGACUCCAGACAAACGUCCCUGUCGCUCUCUUCGGUCUCUUCUGCAUCUUCUUCGUCGUCGUCUUGGUCCGCCUCUCAUUCGUCUUGCCUUCCUUCUCUGGCGUCGAGGGUGGACCAUUUCAUUCAUGUGCAGAAGAGCUGCGUUCUGGGCCGCGUCUCCAAAGCACACAUGCGUUUAGCGCACAGACCAGACAUUUACGGGCAGCGCAACUGGCGCCAGGCGAAGGCGCUGCAUCCAAAGUGUCUGAAGCUUGCGGCGCUGGCAACGCUCGCCGUCGAUGCCCCCCAAACCGGAGCUGUCGUCGUGAUGCCUCAGGAGCUUGCGUGCAGACAAAUCCCUCACUUCAUGGCCACAGCCGCUGAUCGCAUGCACAAGCAAGUUUUCCACUCUGACAGCAUCUUGGGGCGUCUCUUCGACGCCGUUACGGAGGAGCGCUCUGGCCUCUGCAAGGCGGAGAGCUUCUGCGCAAACGAACCGACACCAGAAAGGAAUAUUGCUCUCAACGACGCUCCAGAGAACCUUCAAGUGACGUACCUCGAGUUGCUCACAUCUGCUUCACCUGCAUCAACUUCCGCCUCUGCUGCUAGUUCCUCUUUGCCGCCUCCGCCCCCGGAACCUCCUCAAACGCCCUCUUCUUUCUUCGCUCGUUGGGGAAUCCCCGCUUAUCCAACUCACUCUCGUUCUUCUCCGUCUUCUUUUCUUCUUUCUUCGUCCUCUCUGCCUUCGCCUUCUCCCCCUCUGCCUUCGCCUCCUCCUCCCCCUCCUCCUCCUCUUCCUUCUUCUUUUCCUCCCCCUCCUUCUUCUGUUCCUUCUUCUCUUCCUUCUUCUUCUUUUCCUCCCCCUCCAUCCUCUCUUCCUUCUUCUCUUCCUUCUUCUCUUCCCUCUUCUCUUCCUUCUUCUUCUUUUCCUCCCCCUCCAUCCUCUCUUCCUUCUUCUCUUCCUUCUUCUCUUCCCUCUUCUCUUCCUUCUUCUUUUUCUUUUCCUCCCCCUCCUUCGUCUUCUCCUUCUUCAUCUGACGGCGGUCGCAAUUUGACGCAGGCUGCGUCUCCACCCGUUGCAGCCUGGUCUCCUGUUCAUCACCUCGAGUUGAGCUGGGAGGUCGGUCCACAUUUUCUGCCUUCCUCCUCAAUUGGCCGGCAAAACGCAGGUUCUGUCGACGCCUGCGGCAACGGGAAGCGCGGAGAAAAGCAAAGGUCGGAACCUCGACGGGGCGCCAACGGCGCGUUCGACGACGACGAGCCGCAACUCCUCGCAGCCGUCAACGCAGUCCGCUGUGUGCCGAAGGCUUUCGUUCUCUUCGUCAGCAAAACGAGGAGAGACGGCUCGGAGUCCUCAGCGACCAGCCAGCUUCCAACUGACUUCCAGAGUCGCCUUUCCGACAAACGAAUCGGAGACGUAUGCAGACCAGUCUCUGCCCUCGACCACAAGGUCGUGGAAGCCUUUGAGCAGCUGAUGACGAUACCGGUCGAUGAAGAAGUGCAUGCAGAGGAAGCCAAUUGCGUUCGGACGUUUUCUCCGGGUGUCUUGGGCGCACCGCUGCCGCGGCCUGUCGGAAGAAAGGUGACAAUUUGGUUGCUCCUUCCUGUCGACGCGUACGCGCAAGUCUUGGCUCUUCAGUUCAAAGUGAAAGUCGAGUUUUCGCGAGGGAAAGAGAUCCGACUGUCUCGGAAGAGUCUGCCUUCUGCCCCCGUUCCGCUUCCUUCUCUCUGUCGAGAUCCUCGCGCAAGUCUCUUAGACUUCACUGCCAAGCACUAUGGUGCAUGCUUGUUCCUUCACAAGGUUCCCGCGCCGCUCUGCGCCUCUCCGCGCCGCCUUCUCCACGCUGUGAAUCUGAGCAUUCAGCAGCUCGUCUCUGCCUCCGCCGAGACCGUCUUCAUUCAAGCUUUAAUUCGCCUCAACUCGCAGGCGGACUCUGGCGCUUCUUCCUUCGACUUUCCUUCCCCCUGUUCCAGUGGCACGAUCGAUUUUGCUCUUCAGUUUACCAGUCGAGAGACCCGCGACUAUGUCUCCCGAACUCUACUCUUUCCUCCCUCAACGCCUCACCUACCUUCGUCGCGCCUCCACAAGGUUCCACCGCCGAAUCGCUUCUCUACCUCAGAGUCUGCUCACUCUCUCGUUUAUACUUCACCUUCUUCUCUCGCUUCUCCUGCUGUGUCUUCUUCUCCCGCUUCUUUGGAGGCCUCUUCGUCUCGUAGCCUCGCUUCUUCUGCGGCGUUUCGUCUUGCCUGCUGCGAGGAGGGAAUCGGGGAGAGGACGGACGUUCUGCUUGUCCUUUCUCUCUCGCCCUCGUUGAGCGUAGAAGAGGAAAUUCUUUUUCUGGUUCAGAGGUUCCACUGCAUGAGCUGCAUCGCGAUCCUCGAGCGCACAGACCACCGGACGCAUUUGUACGGCCUCGGAGGCGAAACUGCUUGCAGGCAGACAGUCGCGACUUUUGAAAGCUACGCGAAACGCGCCGUCAUGAAUCAUCGAGAAAAAGUCGCAAAACGAACUAAAUUGCCGCCCCCCGACUUGACCGACGGCAUACGUUUUCGCUUCUUCUUUCCCCCCAAAAGACGAAUCGUCUGGAGGCUCUUCGUCGUCCUCGAGAGCUACUUCGUAGCCGAGUGCCUGCGCCUGGAGGUCGCUGCGGCCCGCGCUCCCUGGACGCCUGAGCAGCUCGCUGUCGGCGCCUCGGUUGCGGCAGAGAGCCACAGCUUGCAUUCGUCUGCGUUUCAGUCUUCUUCUUCACCUCAGUCUGCUCCUCCUCUUCAGACCUCUGCGUCUCUGCCUCGUUCGUCCUCUUCUUCCCCUUCUUCUCCUCUCUCCUGUUCUCCUUCUUCAUCCGCUUCUCUUUCUCCGUCUUCGCUUCCUUCGCUUCCUCACGCGGCGCCCGUGCUCCCCUCGCAGCUGGCGCGUUCGACUUCUUUCUGUCCACCCUUCUGGCUGAAAAUUGUUCUGGGAGGCUGGAGAGAAAGCGGUCUUUCCCCGCCGCCUCACGCUUGGUACAAAUGGCUCACGCUGGAGGCGGAACUCUUGCUCGUUCGACACUCGCGGCAAACUGCAUGUUUCUUGAUGGCUGAGGAGGAUCACGGAGGCUUCAACGAAGAAACGAAUAACGAAGCGAAAAAGGAAGAGGACGAGAAUGGGGAAACCUGCAGCUCCCCUCAUCCGGCCGUCGCCGACGACCUCGCCGACCUAGUCCGGGAGACCCUGGGGCAGAAGAUCCGCGACGACCUCCUCGACGUCUCCUUUGUUGGGUCAGCGGUGCGUCUCACCUUUCGGUCGCCAGACUGCAUCGACAACAUUCUGCGGAGAGGCUCUCACCUUGAGGGCGUUUUAAAAAGGGAGCAGAGAAAGGCGACUUUCUUUCUCCAUCGCUGUCCUUUCACCACCUACCUGGGCCCUCCGAAAAAGCCGGCAGAGUCCGCCGACGGCGCAGUGCAUGCAAAAACCUCCCACAAAAAUCGAAGGAACGGAGACGCACACGCUUGUUCCUCUGCGUUCGGCACUACUUCUGGUCUAGGCAGUUCAUCCUUCGAUGCUUUCGCUCAAGCUCGUUGCAGUAAACACAACUCCAGGCCGACGGAGGACUCUUCAAAAGCUUUGCCUUCUUGUUCUUCCUCUUCUUUCUCUUCUUCCUCUGCGUCCUCUUGUCCAUCGUCUCGUCCUCCUUCUUGUUCUUCUUGUUCGUCUUCGCGUUCUUCCUCUCUCUUUUCAUGUCCGUCUUCGACUGCUCCUUUGUCUGCCUUGUCUUCGGAUUCUACGUCUGCAUCUGCUGCGGAUGCUGCAUGUGGGGUGUCGCCUCUCGGUGAAGAUGCGCUGUUUGUGUCAAGUCCGUCGGGAGAGCCUUGUUCGACCUUUUCCUGCUUUCCUCUGGACCCUGCCAUCAAGCGCGACCUUCUUCUCCAAGCUUCGGCUGCUUCGCGGUCUUUCGCUUCUUCUUGUGUGGCGCCUCUGCGUGGACGCGGCGUGAGAGAAAUGGAUUUCGAUCCCUUGCUUCUCGCAGAUCCUUUCUCUGAGAGUGAAGACGAAGAGUUUGGCGACGCACAUUCUCCUCGAGACUUGGUGAAUGAGGCUCUCAGUGAGACAGCGAACGCUGACGACGAAGCCCACGCUCGAGUUCGAGAGCUGUACAGAGCCGUGGAGGCGUUGUGUCUCCCUUCAUGGCAUCUUGCAGCUCGGAGAGUCACCUCCGUGUCGGCUCUCCGGCGUUUUCUGGAGGAAAAUCUCAAGUACCCUCCUGCGCUUCUUCCUGCCGCGUUCGUCUUUUCCAACGGCGCUUUGAGAGAACGGACUCUGGACCUCGAUUUCAUCCGAAACGCUCCCGAGACUCUCGAACGCUUUCGCCGCCUCGUCGCCACGCUGAAGCGCGUCUGGGAUGCCGAGUUAACGCAAAUCAUGGUCACUUUUGCAGUGGAAUCUGAGGCCGAAAUUAUCACGGGGUUCGUCAGCCGAAACGCGAACGGCCUCGCCAGUCGACUUGCACAGGACGAGCCUAGCAAAAUGGAACGCAGGGUCCAAGAGCUUCGGGAACGCACAUUGCGCGUGCGGUUUUACGACUCGGAUACGGGCAUAGACUACGGAACAGUUGGAAGUUUGAGUGAUCGCUAUGACAUCGCGUCAGCAGCGUACUACUUUACUCAUGUGGAGAAGCCAGAAGUCGCAGUGUGGUGGAACUCGAUUCGUGGCGCGCGCCAACCAGAUCGAGAGCAUGGCAUAGCAGCUCCUAUCGCUCACUCUGAAUUCGCAGAAAACCACACGGAAGGCGCUAACCGUGUGGAACGCAAUCGGAUAACGGAAGCGGGCAAUAAAACCGCUUCACAGUCUCAGGAUGGCAGCUGGUCGCGACAAGAAAAACUGGAGUCUUCUGACGAAACUGAGCCUCGUUCCUCCCGGGGUGGACUGCUUUCCAACGAUCAGAAGUCCGCGGAUUGCUCCGCACGGUCCUGUGCGGAAGUUUCGCGAGCAUGCCGCGACAGUUCAGAAUUGCACCACAGCAGAGACUCCGCAGCACAGAUGGGACAGCAAGGGAAACCAAACUUUCGUACGGCGUUGACUGUAGAGCAUCCGACCCAACUAGCUGAUACACUCACACGCAACGGCGUGGAGCCACCGGGGGAGUGCGAACUUCCUCGCGGGACUCUUUCGAGACGGGAAAGGGCAAAAAGUCGAGAACAGGCAACUCGAGAAACAACCAGUUGUGACGGCGCUUGUGCCGAAUCCUCGAUGGCGCCUCGGCAAUCACAUCCUGGGUUGUCUUUCCCCGAAGACUUCGCGAAGGAUCGUUCCACUGGUGCGUCCAGCGGCACCGUUUCCUCUCGUCGAGGAACAGCAAGGACUGUCGCUACAUUUGAGAAAGAGGACAAAGGGAAUGACUGGGGAGAGGAAGUGGAGGUAAGCAGGGAAACGGAAGAAGGGUGGGGUCGAAGCCGAUGCGUCGAGCCUCAGGAAGAACCGACAGCCGACGGCGAACUCGACGUAUACCUAAACCAGAAACUGAUCUCCUUCGCUUGGUGCAUCUACAGCCAGGAGCUUGGAGACAUGAAAAUGGAGUGUCAGUGUGCCCGACAGCGAGCGAAAACGCUAGCGAGGAGGGAACUGAAUGAACGCAAAGCGUGAGAACAGGAAACAGUUCUGGACCGUGUCUCCCCUGUGUUCCUGUUGUUCCGCUAUCAAUGUCUCUUUGUCUGUGCUGAGCUCAGACGCUGUACAACUGGUUUGGAAGACGCGUUGCUUAGCGCGUGGUGAACAGCAGUGCGUCGCCUCGGUGGCAUGAGAAGGGAUUUGGGCGUGCGUCUUCGUGUCAAAGUCGCCACUUUCUUCGGUUCUGUCUCAGAGUCCUGUGGUCAGGUGCAUCCUACAUGUUCCAUGCUUUUAACAUUGGGCUCAGAGCAUUGUCACAACAUGCGCAUAGUUCACACGUCUCGAUGGCUGUGAGCAAUGAUUUGCCAAGAGCGAAUAGACUGCGGGAGUCCGUUGACGAAGGGCGUAAGGACUUGACAUUUUCCCUCCUCCCUCCUGAGUUAGUCUACACAACUGAAGCGUUUGUUUCCCAAGAUUAAACGCACUCUGAACA